GUCACUGUCGCUGAGGAGGGGGGAAAAAGUGACGCUGAUAUACACACAAGUCGGAGCACCGACGGGGGAGUAACGUUUUGUUUCUUUUUUUUUUUCCCUCUUUAAUUUGUGGUCUUUAUUCUUUGCUGUGUGGCUGCCACUCAUUCCUCCUCGCCGUUAGCGCGGUUCUUCCCCUCACCCGGUGUUUUUGACAGUCGGGGUCGCAGUGAACCAACUUAAGCUAGCAGCACCAUUACAUUAGCAUUGACACAACCUGAAGGAUACUUUACGGCCACUCGCUAGGUGCACUCAGCAAAACGGGCUCCUGACUGGAGCACAGACCAUGCUGCUGCACUGAGCCAGAGUGGGAGAAAGGGAGAGGACCUGGAGGAGUGCUGAGGUAUUAGCUGUCCUGGUGGUGUGCCCCUCCCACUUUUCUGGCUGGCUGCGUGCUGCCCCUUCAGUUCCCCUGACCGCUCCCCACGACUGAGACUAAGCCUUGCUAUGGACUGUACUUUGUACGCUGCUGCAGUCCACCCCAAGACACUGCCUUAGUGGGUUCCCCCUUCUUCCUGUGUGUGGUUCCCAUCCAGACACAGUACAGAGUCUCAGCACUGAUUUGAUACCACCUACAGCCACACCUGGGUUCUCCACCCAACCCCCCCUCCCCAACUCCCGCCCUCUCCCCCUCCCCUGAAAAGAUGUCAGUGAGCCUGACAACAGACAUCCAGCAGGAGGGAGAGAGUGGGCCAGUCAUCCAGCCCUGCAAUCGAGGCAAGACCUCCCCUCAGCCACAGGGCAUCAAGGAAGGGACAGGAGAGGGUCUGGAGCAUGAGGAAAGCUCCCAACAGGACGCACAGAAGCGGGCUUCAAAUCACAGCCAUGGUAGGAAACGAGCCAAGUCUAAUGCCAAACUGAAGUUGGUGCGAAGUCUGGCAGUGUGUGAGGAGUCCUGUGGUCCAUUUUCAAUUGAUGGGCCUCCAGAGUCGGACAUCAUCCACCUUCAUGUCAGCUGUCCAUCAGAUAAGGAAGAGGAGAAGUUCUCUAAAGAUGAAUAUGAAAAUGAAGAGAAAAAGGACAAAACUCCAAGGAAGAUGUUAUCACGUGACUCCAGUCAAGAGUACACGGACUCCACAGGAAUUGAUGUUCAUGAGUUUCUGGUCAACACACUGAAAAACAAUCCCAGGGAUCGGAUGAUGCUGCUUAAACUAGAACAAGAUAUCCUGGAGUUCAUCAGUGACGACAACAACCAGUAUAAGAAAUUUCCUCAGAUGACCUCUUACCAUCGCAUGCUGCUACAUCGUGUGGCUGCCUACUUUGGCAUGGACCACAAUGUGGAUCAGACAGGCAAGGCGGUCAUCAUCAACAAGACUGGAAACACACGCAUCCCAGAACAAAGGUUUUCUGAACACAUUAAGGAUGAGCGUAACAUGGAUUUCCAGAAAAAAUUCAUCCUCAAGAGAGAUGAUGGUAGCAUGGACAAAGAUGAUAAUCAGAUCCGUGUGCCACUGCAGGACGGGCGGCGUAGCAAGUCCAUUGAAGAGCGAGAGGAAGAGUAUCAGCGGGUACGAGACCGGAUCUUUGCCCGAGAAGUGUCUUUUGUUUUGCAGUCCUCUCAAAAUGGAUACAUCAAUGACAACAGACUGUCCACUGAGGGCUACUGCUCUAGCUCUCAAAAGAAGAGGCAGAUCUUUAGAGGAAACCGUGAGAGCUCUAGUCGGGCAUCCAGCAGUCGUCAAAGCAGUACCGACAGUGACAUGAAGUGCCUGGAACCGCGGCCCUGGAGCAGCACUGAUUCAGACAGCUCCAACCGCACCCUGCGACCGCCUGUCACUAAGGCCAGCAGUUUCUCUGGCAUCUCUAUCCUUACCAGGGGUGACAGCCUCGGCAGUAACAAAGGAUCACAAGGAAGCUGCAAAGGCUCUCGCUCUGGCCUCCCUCUUGUCAGUGCUGAUGUGUGUCCACCAUCCGUAGCCUCCCAGUCCAGCCGGAGCUUGCUUCCCUGUCCUCAGCAGCCUCAGCCUCAGUCCCAGGCCCCCCCUCAGUCUGCACUGCUGCCCACCCCACAGCAACACCCCAUGGGUAACCACAUCAUUGCUCAGCCGGUGGCGUCUCUGCAGCCCUCUCAGCCUGUCUCCUACUCCAGCCCUUCCUGCCCCCAGGUUCUCCUGCCAGUCUCUCCUCCCCAGCAGUACACAAUGGGAGAAGAGCUAACAUCUCAGUUCAGCCAGAUGACGCUGAGUCGGCAGGGCUCCAGUGAGAAUCCUGAGCCUCCCCCAAUCUAUCAGGCUGCUCCCACUGUCCUGUCCCAGCACCCUCCACCUCAGACCAGCUACAUCAUGGCCACCGCAGGUCAACCUAUGCCACCUCCAUCUGGAUACCAGCCUGCCACCGGACACCCACAUCCACCACCACCUCCACCUCCUCCAUCUCAGCCCGUCAUGCAGGCACCACCACCCCCACAAGGUUACUUGCAGCCACCACCUCCUCAGCAGAUACAAGUAUCGUACUACCCUCCUGGUCAGUAUCCCAGCUCAGGCCAGCAGUACCGUGUACCCCAGCCCAUGUCCCACCAGGUGUCUUAUCCUGCCCAACGUACACAGCCCAUGCCUCCGCCCACACAGCAGUCAGGUCUGCAGACCAUAAUGCCCAGCCAGCAACCAAGUUAUCAGGGCAUCAUGAGCGUGCAGCAGCCCCAAAACCCCGGUCUGCUCAAUUCCCAGAGGACAAGCCUGGGAGGACAGAUGCAAAGCAUAAUGGUCCAAUAUCCACAGAUGCCAUCAUAUCAGGUGCCAGUGGGAAAUGAAAAUCAGCAGGUGGUACAGCAGCAGUACCAGCAGCAGGUGAUGGUGCCAGUUAGCCAGUCUGUCCAGGGGCCCAUGCCUGUCUACUACAGUGUUAUCACACCCACACAGCAGAAUAGCACAAGCCCAUCAGUAGGUUACCUGCAGCCCCCAAACUCAGAGCAGUAUCAAAUCACACAGUCGCCGUCCCCCUGCAAUCCUCAACAGUUGCAGCAGCAAUAUUCAGGAGUACCUCCUCCUGGGCCUGGGGUGAUGGUCAUGCAGCUCAGUGUCCCCAAUGGACCGCAGCCUUCUCAAAAUUCUCCCCUGGUCCAGUGGAACCCAUGCAAGUACUACAGCAUAGAGCAGAGGCCCAGCAAGCCAGGAGAGCUCUACAAAACUGACAAUAAUCCACAGGCCAGUACGCAACUGACAAGUCCCCUGACUUCCCCCACUCAGUCUCCCACACCAUCUCCUUCUGGCAGUGUCACCAGCGUCUGUCCAGGACUGGGACCUUUGCCUCUCAUUUCUCAGUUUCCCAGGCCAGGGGGACCAUCUCAAGGUGACGGGCGCUACUCUCUGUUGGGUCAGCCUCUCCAGUAUAGCCUUUGUCCUCCUCCCCUCAUGCAUGGCCAGUCCUCCUACAGCUCUCAUCAGGGCCAAGGAGUAAUGAAGCACGGGACACGAGGGAAAAAACAAACACUCAAGUCUGCGUCAACAGAUCUCGGCAACGCUGAUGUUGUAGUAAGUCGAGUGCUCGAGGUAACAGACCUGCCAGAGGGAAUUUCACGUCCAGAAGCUGAAAAGCUCUUCAACCAGCUGUCGUUAUGCGGUGCCAAGAUCCAGUGGCUGAAGGAGCCGCAGGGAGGCCGAGGAGGAACAGGGGGAUGCAGCCCCUGCACUGGUGCAGGGCCCUUGGGUCCAGGGGGUGCAAAGAGCGACGCCAAUGACCCAGCUAACCUCUACACCGUAGUUGCAGUUUUCCCCAGCACCAUGGCUGCCCAGAGUGCUUCCUUCAAACUUAACAGCAGCGGGGCCAGCCUCUUCAAACUGAGGGCCGCCAAAAAGAACUAUGACCUGCGAGUCCUGGAGAGAGCCAGCUCUCAGUGAGAGGAAGCGAGACGGGAGGAAAGAAAGUGAGAGAGACAGAAAGAAAGAGAGACGCUCAGUGGAGUGGUGGAAAAGGAGGGACUGAGGAGGACUGCUCUUUGUGUACAAUCCAAAAAUUAAAAAAAAAAAAUGAAAGGGGUUGGUGUCAAAUGUUAGAGGGAAGAAGAUGUGAAUUAUGAGUUUGCUGGUGUUUGGUUGCAAAUAUGAUUGUUUUUAUUAUUUUGUUUUUUGUAUUUAUAUAGCAGAAGAGCACACGAGACACGUGAGCAUGUUUCACUCUUGCCGUGAAAUGUGUGCUGCUACACAAAAACACACACACACACACACAAACGCAGGCAACAGGGUCACGUAGCGCACAACCACCAAAACACACUGGACAGCCGACCUCAGUCAGACCUUUUCCUCCUCGUCCACUUCCCUUCUCUGCUCUCCAGCCUUCCUCCUCUUUCUGCCAACACUCCUUCACCCCGUCAGUCUCACGUAUUUAUAAAUUUUCAUACGCACAGUUGGUGCACUCUGCUUUCCUUUGCCUCUCGCCUCACCACGACUCAUCCUCCUCUCUCUCUCUCUACUCCCUCACUUCUGCUCUCUCUCUCUUUCUGCUCUCUUGCUUUCUGUUUGCCUUACUGCUGUUGUGGGUUUCUGUAUCGCGCUGUUUUUUCCCCCUCCUUUUCUGUUUGUUUUUUGGGGUUCAAUAUAUUUAUAUAAGUGAUGUAAGGAAUAAAAGAAAUCUAUAUAUUCA